CCAGUGAGUGUAGGCGUUUAGGAUUUUCCAGUUUCAGUGGGCGAAUCAAGAUUGACCAGUUCUGGCAUAUAACCAGUUUUCUUACCGGUUUGGGCCAAAUAUUUAGUCAGGAUAGGUCGACGAAGGAAUCGCCAUGGCUGGCUCUUCACGCUGGCUAGACACUGGAUAACAAGCUUCAUCCUCGGGGUCUGUGCGGCCUCCGUCGUCUUGUAUUACACAUUCAAUGACAGACCUGAUUUCAACAACAACAUGCUCGGUUUCAACAACAGAGAAGCUCGACUAGCUGGAAGAGUGAGAGAGAUGGAAGAACAAAAUCAACUUUUGCGUCGUCAGUUGACAGUUUCACAAAACCAGCUAGUGGCGGCAAUGAAGACCAAUCAUACGGCAAAACUUCAGACCACACAGCUUCCAUGUCAAAAACAAGAAACUGCAGACAUCCCCAAGUGUGAAGUGAUUCACGUUGCAAUAGUUUGUGCCGGAUACAACGCCAGCCGUUCAGUCGUUACCUUGAUCAAGUCAAUUCUGUUCUAUCGUAAGAACCCACUUCAUUUUCAUCUGCUGGCCGACUCCGUUGCCCAAGUUAUCCUGCAGACGUUGUUCAGUACAUGGAGUGUACCUCAAGUUGAGAUGAGUUUCUACCUGGCAGACAAUGUAGUGCCGGAUGUAUCGUGGAUCCCCAACAAACACUACUCAGGUGUCUACGGCCUGAUGAAGCUGACAUUGCCCAAGGUGCUGCCUCCGGCACUGCAAAGAGUGAUCGUCCUCGACACAGACGUUACGUUCGCCACAGACAUCGCCGAGCUGUGGAAACUGUUUAGCAAGCUGCAAGAGAAACAGAGUAUCGGACUCGUCGAGAAUCAAAGCGACUGGUAUUUGGGGAAACUUUGGAAGAAACAUCGUCCUUGGCCAGCACUCGGAAGAGGCUACAACACCGGGGUGAUUCUUCUGGAGCUGAAGCGGCUGCGGGAGCUCGGCUGGGGACAACUGUGGCGACUCAUAGCGGAGAAAGAUCUGAUGACACACUACACGACGUCUCUGGCCGACCAGGACAUCUUCAACGCGAUCAUCAAACAACACCCUUACCUCGUGUACAACCUGCCUUGUCAAUGGAACGUCCAGCUGAGCGACAACACGCGGAGCGAGCUUUGCUACACAGAGGUCACCGAUCUGAAGGUUAUCCAUUGGAAUUCUCCGAGCAAGUUGAAAGUGAAGAACAAACACGUGGAGUUCUUCCGUAACUUGUACCUGACUUUCUUGGAGUACGACGGGAACCUUCUGCGAAGAGAAUUGUUUGGCUGCAACAUCACCAAGACCACACUCAAAGAACGAGAACUGAGCAAGCUGAACGAGGAAGACCCCUGUUACGAGUUUCGUCGCGCGAGAGUCAACAGGCUGCGUACGCACUUGUACUUCCUCGACUAUGACUUUGAGCCGUCGACGGACGGAAGUGACGUGACGCUCGUGGCUCAGCUCUCCAUGGACAGACUGCAGAUGGUGGAAAUGUUGUGUAAACACUGGGACGGUCCGAUCAGUUUGACGCUGUACAUGUCGGAUGCCGAGGCGCAGCAGUUUCUUAGCUACGCUCUCACCUCGGAGGUACUCAAAGACCGGAAGAAUAUCGGCUACCACAUCGUCUACAAGGAGGGGGACUUUUACCCUGUCAAUCUACUCCGGAACGUAGCUCUACAACAAGUCAACACUCCGUACGUGUUUCUCACCGACAUUGACUUUCUACCCAUGUUCGGACUCUACGCAUACCUAAAGAAGUCUAUUCAAGCUCUGGAUUUGGAAUCAUCAAAGAAGGCCCUGGUUGUGCCGGCGUUUGAGACGCAGCGUUACCGCACCAGUUUUCCACGCAGUAAGGCAGAGUUGCUGCGUAUGCUUGACAUGGGAACGCUGUUUACUUUCCGUUACCACGUUUGGACCAAGGGACACGCUCCCACCAACUACGCUAAGUGGCGUUCAGCGACUACACCGUAUAGGGUUCAGUGGGAGCCAGACUACGAGCCGUACGUGGUCGUCCGCAAGGACAUUCCCGAGUACGACACUCGCUUCGUAGGGUUCGGUUGGAACAAAGUGUCGCACAUAAUGGAGUUGGAAGCGCAAGGGUUUGAUUUUGUUGUGUUGCCCAACGCAUUCAUCAUCCACAUGCCACACGCUCCUAGCUUCGACAUCGCUAGGUUCAGAGGCUCGGCUCAAUAUCGCAGGUGUUUGAAGAUAUUGAAGAACGAGUUUGUGAAAGAGUUGGGUCGCAGGUACUCCAGAGUGUUUGAGACCGAGGACAGCUGAUCCAUACUGAACAAGGACGGCCAGUGUCUCUUCUGUACAGUCUGAUAAUCAAGAGAUCGGUCGUUCUACUUUUCGUCCCACCUGAUAAUGCCAGGAUCUUGCCUUUCAAGUUUAAUUAUAAGCUUGAUUUAAGUCUAUCAUUACUGUAAACUAUCCAUGACCUUCUCUCUUUAACGUAAAGAAGCGACUUAUUUUCAUAGGUUUAACAAUUUUACAAAGUAUUAUGCAUUUUUAAAGUUAUCUAUUGUUUUCUUGUUAUUUUAACCUUUGUGAAUUUAGUUUUUAAAUAUGAUUUAGGAUCCAAAGGGUUCUUUUAUUUUUAGAUGAGGAAUCAUACUGAUCUCAAUAAUUAAUUUUAAACUCUCUAUUGUUAGCCUCGAAUCUAUUUUUAGUAACUAGAAAUCUUUGGUUGUCUGCAGUUUCAAACAUGGGUUGGUAUACCAUUGUCAAACCAUGCUUAUGGUUAUACCAUUACUCAUCAGGAACAUAAUUAUACGCCGUAGCUUCAACAAAAUGUCCCUGAAGGAAAGUGUUUGAUGAUGGAACACUAACCAUAACAGAACACCUGAUCUAGACGACCAAGGUAUUUAUAGGUUAUUAUUUUAACCAAAAAUUAUUUUUGAGUGAAUAAUUGUACAUCUUCAAACUGUUUAACAUUAUUGUUAUAAUUAACGACAUUAGAUUAACACUUACUAAAUUAUGUAUAGGAUAUACAUAAUGCUUAAAAAGCAAAAG